AUGAAAGCCCUCUUUGAAAAGCAAUGUAAACUCCUUCAGAUAUGUCAGUCAUGCCAAGCAAAAUGCCCUUCAGUUGACAACAUCCUCACUGAAGACGCAAUCGACCUAUGUAAAAGUUUGUGCGGUGCUUGCUUUAAUAAUAAGAAAGUCUGCGACGCGUGCAAAGCCCAGGGUCACACCAGUUACUAUCCUAGUCUUCGAUCAUGUCAGAGGUGCAUGGAGUCAGGAAAAAAGUGUAUAAAAGUGGUUGUCCUUACCUUCAUUGUAGAUUGUGAAGAACGAAAUAAAAAGGCGAUGAUAGAGAUGAAAGAUAAUUUAGAGAAUGACACUGUGGACCCUGAACUCGCUUUGUGUGUUCCCCUUCCUGACAGUCUUCACGUUGGCAAGAGUCUUAAAGCAAGCUUUGCGGACUGGUAUCUGAAACUGUCAAACGAAAGAGGCAAUUUAUCGAUUCUAAAAACCUUGCGUAAUAAAGCGGAUCCGGAGGUUCGAAAAAAAACGCGUAAAUUUCUUCCGCGAAACGACUACGUUAGAAACAAAGAUCGACAGGAUCCAACUUCUGUCAUGAAGCUCACAAAUCCAGAUUUUACUAGCUAUCUUAGACGUCUAGACUUUGUUGGCCACACCAUCAUUCCCGAGACUGACCGUUUCACAGAGCACAACAAAGUGGGUAUGUACCCAAACCCCAUAAGCAUCGCUACUGGUCCCUACGGAAACCUGUUAUUUCUCUCACUUAACACAGUCACUGGUUUAUCGAGUCUUUUUAUGGCACAACUUCAUAACCCCGUCCAAAAAAUUGUAAAGCUUAAAGAAGAUUUUCUCGCCAAAGAAGUCCACCACGUCAAUGGCAUUGUAUUCAUGGUUGGGAAAGGAGGCCCCAUUAUUUUUUAUAAGCUAGAACAAGGGGCCGUGCGUGUUAACUUAGGAAAACUGCGUGCACGAGAAGAUGUAGUUCAGAAAGCCAGUGAGCUUGGACUAUCUACUAAUGGAACCGUGGCAAUAUUAAAGAAUCGAAUCGCCACGCACGUUAAGAAGAUCGCGGCAGAAUACCAAGAAAGAGGGCUUUCUCCUACUGCUAUCAAUUUCUGGAAUACUUCAGGCGAGGAAUCUCAGUUUGAGGCACUACACGUCGUAGAUCCCUAUCUGAUGUACGCAGCAUGUAAAAGCAAGCACCAAAUUUUUGCCGUUACCUGCUCCAGCGACGGACAUGGGCUUCGAGGAGAAGCGGCAGCAGUUGUAGAGUACCAAAACGAAUGGGGAAACGUCGGAUCGAUGGCCAUCUUAAAUAGUGACAUUUAUAUUUCGCACCGUCAAGGCAUUGAGAAAGUUUCAUUAUCAACAUAUUUAAGAGCACGGAUUAUUUCUUCCGGUCCAGACUACUGUUCUUUGGCUCCUCCAUUGCGGUUUACAAAGAUGGUUUGGUCUACUCAGAUCCGCAAUCGCAUCGCAUCCUGCACUGGAUCAGAAAUGAGGAAAGAGUGAAGGUGUUUGCAGGUACCGGUGCAGAGGGCACCAGAGAUGGCUUGGCUUCGCGUGCUGAAUUCUACCAACCUGCUGGACUUUGUGUGGAAUUUGACCAUGUCUUGUAUAUAUGUGAUGCCCGAACCAACUGUAUGAAGGUAUUCACCACUCUGCAUGAAACCGCUGCAUUUCUAGAUGCAGUCGGAAAGAUAUACAAGGCUUUAUCCGUCCACGAGAAGCAUGCAAAGUACGAGCUUUGCAAUCUACAAGAUGCCGUUACACUGCUUAAAGAAACGUUACAAUAUCUUCGCCGAAACGAGGCCUUGAUUCGCGGUGAAAUCCAAAGCUUGCCAAGGUCCCUUAAUGGACCACAGGGAAAUGUGGCUGAGAAGACAUUAGAGUCUGUUUCAUUGUUGCAGUCCGGCCAUCAGAGACUUUAUGACCUGUUAGCGCCAAUGGGUUAUACUUGGACCAACCUCCUGAGCUGCAUGACAGAUGUAGAGAACUGUCAUUCUGUGGUCCAUCACAAAUCACCUUUAUGCACUGCCCUUGAAUAUGCCAGGAAUUUCGGAAACGCUGUUAAGGAAAGUGUAAAGAAGACAACAAACUGGGCGGCAUUUUAUUAUACCAACCCAAAGUCGUGGUAUCCCGUUCCAGACCGCGCAGCGGAACUCAUUGAAAUUUCAUUAGCACCACAACUUCCACCUGGGGUAAUAAGUGCCCAAGACGCCCAGCUUAUGAGGGAAUGGGCACAUACCUUUGGGGCUGCAGUUCGUCAAAGAACCGUCCGACAGGAAACGACCAUGGCUAGGGCUGGAACGCUCCCCGAUUUCUUGUACGAGAAAGACAUUGUGCCAGGAGAAAGCGUUGACCUAACAGGAGAUGUCAGCCUUCCUGACGAAUAUGAUACAAGUAGCAGUGCGGAAGAAGAAGAAACCGAAGACCAAGUAGGAGAACGAUCUGUAAGGGUCGCCACUUUGGAUGGUGAAGCAAACUUCCUGCUUGGAAGGGUGUCUGCAUUUGGUUAG